GACAGGAUAGUGGGGCAGGUUGGUGGAACAGGUUGAUGGGACAGGUUGGUGGGGCAGGUUGGUGGGGCAGGUUAGAGUGUAAGUUGGCAGGACAGGUGCGCAGGUUAGUGACCAGUCAGUCACCUGGCCUGGGGCGGGGUUGGCCCCCUUCUCAAGGUUCACCAAUACCUGCAUUAAUUACUUCAUUCGGGUCUUUACAUAUAUAAGGCAUUAUUACCCUGACUCUCCAAAAAGUAUGUCCAUCAGAUAUACUCUCCACUGUCCUUAAUGAACGCAGGUCUGUGAGAUAUACUCUCCCUUAAGAAUGCGUUUUUGUUAGAUACGUCCAUAACUGAAGAACAUUAUGUUUUAAUGCAUGUAUUCAAACAAUUGUUCUACAAAAAUAAUAUACUAAAGUCUCUGAUAUACGAAUUAAUUUUAUGUAACAGAUUCAUUAAACGCUAUCUAUAAUAUAAAUUAUGUUAUAAAUAUAGCUUAAAAAGAAGGUGGUACAAUAUUUGGACCUAACAAAAUUAGAACACAGAGUCAGCAGUCUGGAGUUAUAUUAACAAAUGUAAAUUUUGCUCUUAAUAUGGCUUACAUCAGUUAUCUUCGCACCCGUGUCUCGUAUUAGUGUUUCUUUACUGUUAACUCGUGUGUGUGUUUGCGUGGCGUCAGUGUGGUAUUUGUGUGGCGUCAGUGUGGUAUGCGUGGCGUCAGUGUGGUAUGUGUGGCGUCAGUGUGGUAUGCGUGGCGUCAGUGUGCUGCGACAGCCGGUUUGGGGCCAAGAAGGACGCAAGGAGUCCCCCUGCCUGUAUAUGGUGCGUAGUGAAGCGUGGCCAUGGACAACCCAGUUCCACCCGGCCUUUCACUCCACCUUCCGCUAGUCACUGUACCAACACACUCUCUCGGGCACGAACACACACGCUCUUCCUUACAGUCCUAGUAUUUCCACAGAGUGUAGGGAAAUCGUACUGCAUACCUCCUCUUUGUACAGCAUAGGGAAGACUCAAGCACAUUUCCCGUCACUUAGUUUAUCGUACUGAUUUAAAUUCAUGAUACCAGUAUAACACUGUAUUUAAUUUCAACACUAUUCUAAUUUGGUAUAAUAUACAAUUAAGAGCAAGAGAGCAUUGAUAAUAAUUUUGAUAAAUAACAAUCUUACACAACAACGAGAGCGGAGGGUGUGACUCAGAUUAUCUUAGUCCCUCAGAUUACCUUAAUCCAUUGAUGUUGCAUUCACGAUGUUUGGAGUUGAAUUGUAUUUUUUCUGUGCCUACUGUAUUGUAAGUUAUUAUAUAAUAUAGCGUUAGGCAGCAAUGCACUGCAAAGUGUUGAAUAUAAUGAUCCGAACCAUUCCGAACAUAAACGUAAUGUGUUGAACUAUCUUCAUUAUUUCAUGUUGCUAGUGUGUGUGUACCGACCAGUCCCAUCCCUGGUUAUGGUACCCCCUUGGUACACAUCAUUAUGUGUACCUCCUGACCUGCUGAUCUGCUGGUGUACCUGCUGACCUGCUGGUGCCUGCUGAUCUGAUAGUGUACCUGCUGACCUGAUGGUGCCUUUUGACCUGAUAGUGUACCUGCUGACCUGCUGGUGUACGUGCUGACCUGAUGGUGUACAUCCUGACCUACUGAUCAGGGAGAGAGGGAGAGAGAGAGAGAGAGAGAGCGCAGGAUUCGUGUCUGCUUCCCCUGUAUAAGCCAGAGUGUGAGACAGACAGUCAUGACUAAGCAGAGAGUUGAGUCACGACUGGAAACUUGAGUAACUGAGGAUAGUCAAGCUGUGUGCCUAGUGAGGCCCCGAUACCCCCCAGCAGACUUCCUGUCCCCGGAUAAUAAACGAACCUUAUCAGUAUUUCAUUAGCAACAUGUAAAUGCUUCAUUUACCACAUAAACAAAAAUAACAGCUGCUGCACAGUUCAAUAAACAGGACAUGAGUAGUUUUCCAUUAAAGCCUUUGUACACACUGAACGAGAUGCUUCACAUCCCCUUCCUCAUCAACUGUGAAGUGGACCCUUCCUAGCCGGGUCACCCACUCCCUGCCUGCGACGCCGUACACAGGAGUCUCCACAACAACCAAAUGUUCCAUUUAUUUAUUUCCAGAGCACUCAGACCUCCUCACUGGAAUAUUUGAGGUAUAACUAAAUUAAGGGUUUCAUUCACUUGAGGACCAUCAGAGCCUCGAACUGUGGACCAUGCAGUCCUGCCAACUGAGCCACGAUCAUCCACAAUAAGGGCGGAUUCCAGAGACACCGAACUGGUAUCCAACUAGAACUUCAGGCCUUCUCUGAGGUGCCGCUUGAGAAUAAAGCAGGAGGAAGAGGAAGAGGGGAGCAAGGAGCAGCGAGCACCAUGACCGAGGCCAAGACACUGAAGGGGAAACUGAGGGGAGGCGCAAGCUAUGGCACCCUUCCUGAGCUGGUGACCCGCGUGUGUGUGGAUGAUAAACUGGGCCUGUUGGAGGAGAACCAAGAGUGGGGCGGAGGGCGCCCAAGCAGCAGGGGCACCGCCAGCAGCAGCAGCAACAGCAGCAGCAGUCAUGUGGUCUCCCAGCACACCCAGCAGCUCCCAUGGUCUCCCAGCAAGCGGAGCGCCGGGACCAGCUUCAAGGGCGCCUCCAAACAGGAUACAUACGAUCUGUGGAAUCCUCGUAGACGGUCAGGAAGCCUGAGCAGCGACGGGAGCAGCAGCAGCGAAGAGGUGUUCAGCAGGUCGGGCAGCUCCUCCUCCUCCAGCCACUGUCACCACCUGGUCUCCGAGCGCCCGGAGGACCAGCGCGCGCUCCUCAAGCUCUCCGUCGCCGCCGGCAUCUCCCUCGUCUUUAUGGUGCUGGAGUACAUCGGAGGUUACUACUCGUCCAGCCUGGCGGUGCUGUCCGACGCUGGCCACCUCCUCUGCGACUUCUGCGGGUUCCUGGUGUCUCUGGUGGCCAUCUGGCUCAUGCGCAGACCUCCCUCGCGCUUCAUGAGCUUCGGCUACUACCGCGCAGAGGUGCUGGGGUCGGUGGCCAGCGUGUUGAUGGUGUGGCUGGUGACGGGGCUCCUGGUGGCCGCCGCCCUUCACAGACUUCUCUACCAGAAGUACCUUCUCGACCCUGAUCUCAUGCUCAUCAUGGCCGCCAUCGGCAUCAUCGUCAAUAUUGUCAUCGUAGGGGUCCUGCACGGGUGUGGGUGCCGCGGGAACUACCAUGGUGCCCACAAGAGUGCCCGGGGCAACAUUAACCUGAGAGCGGCACUCAUCCACGUGGUGGGUGACACCCUGCAGACCCUCGCCGUUCUCAUGGCUGCCCUCGUCGUCAAGUUCUGGGUGAGUCCUGCAGGAGGGUGACCUCUGGUGUGUCCU